GGGAGAAAGUGAACGCGGAGCUUUUUGGAGGCACUUUUCGUUGCUCGGCUCUGCUGCUCGUCUCUUUGUGCUGCGGGUUUGCAGCUUCCCCCCCCCCCCCCCUCCUUUGGAUAGAAAGGCCUCCAAGAUAGAUUCCCUCAGGAGUAAAGUGGACUUGCUGCGCCUCCCUCUGGCCCUCUCCACCAAGUCCAUCAGCAAUCGUAAGAGCCAGCUGGGCGUGGUCUGGGAGAAAGGCGGCGGCGGCUCGUGGGCAGGAGGGGCCCGGAAACCCCGCCCACCGCCGGCCUCUGACAUGGACAACGAGUCGAUGUACUCGGGCUACUCCUACAAGUCGUCCCACUCGCGAAGCUCCCGCAAACACAGGGAUAAGAGGGACAGGCAUCGCGGGAAGAGCCGCGACAGCAGCAUCCGGGGAGACAAGUCUGUGACCAUCCAGGCUCCUGGAGAGCCGCUGCUGGACGCCGAGUCCACCAGAGGAGACGACCGGGAUGACAACUGGGGCGAGACCACCACGGUGGUCACGGGCACCUCCGUGGACAGCGUCUCCAACGAGGACCUGACACGGAUGUCCAAGGACCUCGAGGAUUCUUCGCCGCUGGAGUGCCGCCGUUACCUCAGCCCAGCGUUGGGCGCCGUCCUGGGCCUCUUCGCCCUGGUCACCCCUCUGGCCUUCUUGGCGCUCCCGCAGCUCCUUUGGCGGGAUACGCUGGAGCCUUGCGGCACGCCGUGUGAGGGUCUCUACAUUUCUCUGGCCUUCAAGCUCCUGAUCCUCCUCAUCUCCACCUGGGCGCUGUUCCUGCGCUCGCCCAGAGCCACCCUGCCGCGCUUCUUCAUCUUCCGCUGCCUGCUGCUGGCGUUGGUCUUCCUCUUCGUGGCGUCCUAUUGGCUCUUCUACGGGGUGCGGGUGCUGGAGCCCAGAGAGACGGACUACAGGGGGAUUGUGGGAUACGCGGCGUCUCUGGUGGACGCGCUGCUGUUCAUUCAGUACCUGGCGCUGGUGCUGCUGGAGGUCAGACACCUGCAGCCGGCUUUCUGCCUGAAGGUUGUGAGGACCACAGAUGGAGCUAGUCGCUUCUACAACGUGGGGCAUCUCAGUAUUCAGCGGGCAGCCGUUUGGGUUCUGGACCAGUACUACAGUGACUUCCCGGUCUAUAACCCCGCCCUGCUCAACCUGCCCAAGUCCAUCCUCUCCAAGAAGAUGUCUGCCUUCAAGGUCUACAACCUGGGGGAAGAGAACAGCACCAAUAACUCUACGGGACAGUCCAGGACUAUGAUCGCAGCCGCUGCUCGGAGAAGAGACAACUCCCACAACGAGUACUACUACGAGGAGGCAGAGGUGGAGCGGAGGGUCCGCAAACGCAAGGCCAGACUGGUGGUGGCGGUAGAAGAAGCCUUCACCCACAUCAAGCGACACCAGGACGAAGACGCGACCACGUCCUCCCCCAAACACCCGCGGGAGGUGAUGGACCCCAGGGAGGCGGCCCAAGCCAUCUUUGCCCCCAUGGCGAGGGCCAUGCAGAAGUACCUCCGCGCCACCAGGCAGCAGUCCUACCACAGCAUGGAGAGCAUCAUCAACCACCUGCAGUUCUGCGUCACGCACAACAUGAGCCCAAAGGCUUUCCUCGAGCGUUACCUCAGCCCCGGUCCCACUCUGCAGUACCUGGACAACACCAGGGGGCGCCAGUGGACACUAGUGAGCGAGGAGCCCGUGACUGCUGCUCUGCGCCAAGGCCAAGUCUUCUCCUUGAGACGCCUCGACUUCUCCCUGGUCGUCACAGUGGCGCCCCUCCCCUUCUUGCGCCUGGGCGAGGAGUUCAUUGACCCCAAGAGGCACAAGUUUGUCAUGAAGCUCCAGUCAGAGACGUCUGUGUAGCAGAAUGGGGACUCAGAGAUACUAUUCUUAGUGCUUUCAGGGUAUCUUUUUUUUUAUACCUUUUUGAUUUCUAUUGGUUGAUAAGCGCAACACCCAAAUGACAUGGCUAAAAUCGUUACAGAAAAGUCAAGGCAACAGUGAUAUCUGACCUUGUAUGUUUGUUCCUCAAACGAACAUAACAUUAGACACUUGCCUGCACUGCCGGCUGCUUCCUGUUUUUAGGAUACUUCGUAUUGGUUCCGCUUUGUAGUAUUCAAACACACAUUUAGUGAAAUACAUUUUUUUUUUGACAAAGAUUUAAACCUGAAAUGACCGCUUGAGUCUAUAAAAUUGGAUUUUAGCCACAUUUGUAAUUCAUGCGUAUGACAUUUAUUCAAGAGCAUGGUGGUAAAUAGAACAAACAGUCUUCUGUGCGUCUGCUGACCUUUGUGAACGCACAGUCCGACUUCAGAGCCUUUCGCUUUAGCUCAGAGCUUAAUCCUACUUCUCCCUUUUUUACGAAUUUGGCGUUUACAGGCAACAAAUGUGUAGAGUCGGGAACUGACUUGUCGGUCUCCUGGUCCUUUCUCCCAGUUUGAACAUUGACUGGAUACGCUGACUGAAUCAAACGGAGCUGAAACUGCAUUUUGAACUGCUUUCUGCAUAGUUUCCACUGAAAGUAUUAAGUAAGAAACACUGGAUGGACUUGAUGGACCGAGCAUUUCAUAAUUGUUUUGUAAUAUUUCUUGCUCAGGUUUCGUUGAAUCACCUACAGAUUAUGCACUCCUGCACUGAGGAAGAAUAGAGCUUUCUAAGCACAGUCUAGGACCAGUUUAUGACCAGUCACACUGAUGGCAGAUGCUGUCACCUCUACCUAUGAAGUUUGAAUAUUGGAUUACAGCCAAGUAUCGCCAAUGUGCUCUUUGUUUUUUUUUAGGCAGCUUAAUGUUAAUUAUCGUCUUUGAUAUUUUGCAUAGUGUGUGAAUUUGUGUGUGUGGUUGAGCGUGGCUGCAUCAUUAACCAGACAAAGUGGCCAACUGUCUCAUGGCCUGUGACCCAAAAGCCCCAGGUUCCCCUCCAUGUACGUGACUUGAUUAAUUCAAAUGUUUAGCAAUUGAAAUGGCUAAAGUGCGAUAUAAUCCAAGAGUGGCCCUUCAUUGCCUAACCCUCGUGGCCCCGUCUUGUGUCAAAUUGUAAUACUUUAAUAAAAAGUACUUCACCGAUUUAGCCUUGCACUCCGAUAAUAUUGUCUGACUCACGAUGGACAGUGAAAACCUGAUGCAGCACAACCAGAGAUUUGCCUUUUUUUUUUUUUUAUUCCACAUAUUCUUCUUCCUGGUGGUGCCUACAUUACCCACAACGCAACUCAACUGCCACAUCUCGAUAUAUAUCGCAUCCUCACUUUUUUACACGACUGUACAUGGCCACUUUUUCAUCAAUUAAUACAAGCUGUUAGAUAAAGCUGGACUCUUUAUUUAGAAGGUGCAGAAUCAAAAUCAAAAGGUCAGGCAAAGUACUUGCCAAUUAAUUGUCUGUUGAUUCAUAGACUAAUUUCUCACAGUAGUUUGUGCCCUAUACUGUAUAUUAGGGGUCAACAGGGGCCCCCCAGCAGGUUAAUCCGGCCAUGGGUUGAUGCGUGUGCACAUUAGUGUGUCUUUUGUUCUUUUUAUACUACACAUAGAGAUUGUCGUGCUGCUCACAAAGCAGUUCUCGUGUACUUUUUGGUGCCGUUUUCUAAGGUUUUGUGUUAUCUGUUUUUCGACGGAUCACUUUGUUGUACUCGAUAUAAGCUCCUAACAUUUGUUCUUGAACGUUGUCUUUGAAAGCAAGAUUGUUAUUUACUGUUGUGCUGUGUUUUUUUUUUUGUAAAAUGUUUUUAAUAAAUGAUCUCACCCAAAGUUAU